ACUCAGAGCGAUGGGUUUCGUUUGUUUCUUGCUGUUGCUGCUUAGCGGUAUUUUAAUCUUCACAGCUGCCUUAGAUGAGCUGGAGAUUGAUCCGCAGGUGGCACCACCGACAGUGGGUCCGAGACACACUUUGUGGCACAACCUUAUGGGGCAAGUGCGUCAGGCAUUGAAGCGCUGGCAACCCACAGUCAGGACAAGCACCACCGUGCAACCUCGCAUACAUUUGCGGAGCACCACAGAGCCGGAGCUGGAAUAUUAUGGCGCCCUAAAUCCCAUUUAUCAAAUGAACAACUUUUGAUUUACUAUACACUUAACUAAAUUAGUUUAUUAUUGGCACUAGAAAAAUUAAAAAUACAAAAAAUUUGUGUUAAUCUAGCUUAACGGAAAUGCUUGUUGAAGAGUCCCUU